AUGGAAUAUUCAUAAAAUCAACUGUUAAUUAUUCUAAGGCUUACAUAUCAAAAAGCAAUAAUGGAUAAUUAGCAAAAACACUAAUUAAAUAAAGGUAGUAGUGGUUUGUAUUGGAGUAUUACUUAUAAAUUGUUAACUUUUUAUCGGAAUUAUUACGAAAUGUCAAUUAUACAAUUAAAAUGGCAUGUUCAGAAUAACUAGGCAAUAAUUAAAAUCUUAUUUUUUCAAUAGGAUGUCGAAGAUUUUUCUAUUGAUUCUGAUCCUUAUGCAAAAUUGCUGACUAUGAAAGUUCGCUAGCUAAAUGAAUUUAUAAUAAGCAAAUUGGAAACUUAAUUAAAUUAUUAAAUUAAGAGCAAUGUGUGCAGCUUUGCAAUAAUGUUCGAAUAUAUGAGAUAACAACAUCAACUUCAUUGCAUAAUCAUAUCUACAUUAAUACUCAUUUGGAUUCCAAAAAGAAUUUAUUCCCCAAGAUGA